CCUUCCUAGAGUCUUAAAGCAGCUGGCAGUCUGUGUCGUUGAUGUGAACGUUUGACACUCACCCUGAAGGUUUCAGAAAUGGACCGGCUCACAGAACUUCUCCUAAUUCACCUUCUGUCUUCUGGGAACGAGUUAAUUUUUUCCCAGUGUUGCUCUUUGUGUUGUUGACACAGCUGGAAGAGUAAACACGUGCGAGCCGAGCGUCUGCGGGGGUUCGGCCAAUCUGCGACGAGGGGAGUGGGAUCCCUGAUGGGUCUUAGCUUCAGGAUCUCGUGGUUCCGGUUCUGAUCCAAGCAGUUAUGCGGUGCUGGGGCCGUUGGAGCUGCGGGUUGCUGGGCAGAAGUGGCGCCUGCUGCUUGGACAGAGAGGAUUAUUACCAUCCGGUCCAGAGAUCGGACACACAGAGCUCGACCCAGGAGAUCGGCGAGGAGGCGGAGGAGGAUGCCAUCUUCACCAUCACGCUGAGGAAGAUGCAGCUCCACCAGUCAGCCAGCAAGGGGCAGCGGUGGCUGGGUGUGGAUACGGACUCCGCCCUGAGCCUCUAUGAGACGUGCAAAGUGCGAACCAUCAAGGCCGGGACGCUGGAGAGGCUGGUGGAGUACAUGGUGUCAGCCUUCAAGGGCAAAGACUCCACCUACGUCACCAUCUUCCUCUGCACCUACCGCUCCUUCGCCACCACCAAGCAGGUGCUGGAUCUCCUGCUCAACAGGUACGCCAAGCUCCAGAACAUCCCUGCUGUCUCCGCACAUCGAGUCUCCCAGGACGACCGCACAGAGUUGAGGAACACCGUCUCUUCCAUCCUGGGCGCGUGGUUGGACCAAUACUCAGAGGACUUCUGGAGCCCUCCGAACUACGAAUGUCUGCACCAGCUCCUGGCUUACCUCCACCUCCACUUCCCCGGCUCGGACCUGGAGCGCCGCGCCCGCAACCUGCUGGCCCACUUCCACCGCCGACAGCAGUGUGAGCCUGAUCCCGAUGGGGAAAACAUCGGCUGCCCUUUCGCUACGCAGGAAGAAAGCGGCUUUGAGGACGAGCUUCCUGCUUUCAGCUUCCUGUCGUUUGACCCCAUCAUGGUGGCGGAGCAGUUCACACUCAUGGACGCAGACCUGUUUAAGAAGGUGGUGCCGUACCACUGCCUGGGGGGCAUCUGGUCUCAGCGGGACAAGAAAGGCAAGGAGCAUCUGGCUCCCACCAUCAGAGCCACUGUGGCGCAGUUCAACUCAGUGACCAACUGUGUGAUCACCACCUGCCUGAGCAACCCCACGCUGAAGCCCAACCAGAGAGCCCGGCUCAUCGAGAGGUGGAUCGAUGUGGCGCGGGAAUGUCGGAUCCUGAAGAACUUCUCCUCGCUGCGAGCGAUCCUCUCUGCCCUGCAGUGCAACGCAAUCCACCGCCUGAAGAGGACAUGGGACGAAGUUUCUCGGGAAAGUGUCAGAACCUUCCGCGAGCUGUCAGAAAUCUUCUCAGAUGAUAAUAACUAUUCCUUGAGUCGAGAGCUGCUGGUGAAGGAGGGCACCUCGAAGUUUGCAACUUUAGAAAUCAACCCCAAACGAGCGCAGAGGAGACACCAGCAGCAGAGAGACCUGGGGGUCAUGCAGGGGACCAUUCCUUAUUUGGGGACAUUCCUGACUGAUCUUGUGAUGAUGGACACUGCCAUGAAGGAUUACACCGAGGGAGGUCUGAUCAAUUUUGAGAAGAGGAGAAAGGAGUUUGAGGUGAUAGCUCAGAUCAAACUGCUCCAGUUGGCCUCAAACAACUACAGCUUCACUCAGGAAAUCCACUUCAGAGAGUGGUUCGCAGCCGUGGAGAAACUCAGCGAGGCAGAAAGCUACAAUCUGUCCUGUGAGAUCGAGCCUCUGUCCGAGUCGGCCAGCAACACGCUGAGAGCCAAGAAGAACGGAGGAAUCAUGAAGCGAUGGAGCGACCGGCAGUUGACGGAGGCGGGCUGCAGCGGCGGCGCAGGCUCCCACUCAAAGUCCUUCGACCACUCCCACUACAGACCGUACCAAGGAGGAGGCGGGGACAGCGGCGACGCCCUCAGUGUAACGUCUGUCAGCUCCAGCGGGUCGGACCUGGAGGACGUGAACACCAGCUUUCUGUCUGAUUCACCGGAGGGACACGAGAGGAAGACAUCGACUCCUUCAGUGAAGCUCACCGUCUCUGCUUUAGGGAGAGAAGCUCCAGCUGCGGAUACGACCUCAACGUGUCCUCCUCAGUUCUGGGAGUGCACGUCUCUGUCUUCCCUGGACACCUCUGGGAUGGGAUCCAGCUCCGGCUCUGCCUCGGGCUCCAGCAGCACGUCCUCCUCCUCGGUCUCCUCUUCCACGCCGCUGUCCGCCUCCCGCUCCCACAAACGCUCAGUGUCGGCGGUGUCCAACUACUCCACGCUGUCGCUGCCGCUAUACAACCAACAGGUGGACGACUGCUGCAUCAUCAGGGUCAGCCUGGAUGUGGAAAACGGCAACAUGUAUAAGAGCAUCCUGGUGACCAGUCAAGACAAAACCCCAGCAGUGAUCAGGAAGGCCAUAAUCAAACACAACCUGGAGCGGGAGAAAACCGAGGACUACGAGCUGAUGCAGAAGAUCUCAGAGGACAAAGAGCUCCGGAUUCCAGAUAACGCCAACGUCUUCUACGCCAUGAACUCCACUGCCAACUACGACUUUGUGCUAAAGAAGCGCGGCUUGGGCCGGCCGGUGCGGGCCAAGACCGUGGCCAGUUCAACGCUGCCUCGCAUGAAGCAGAAGGGACUGAAGAUCGCUAAAGGGAUUUUCUGAGGUCCGCCUUUCUCCACCCGCUGGACUCCCAGUCUCUGGUCCUCAGGAGAGACGAGCCAACCUGGAGCGUCCACGUUUGGGACUGAGGCAGAGACCGGACCUUUCUGUGGCACUUUAGCACUUCACUGGAUGAGUUGCUUCUUCAGGACCCUUGGAGGAAAUGGGAGUUUGUUUUCUUACAGCUACAAACUCAGGAAAGUGGGACAAACUCGGACUCAUCACCUUCCGCCUGGUUGGGAUCAAACAUCUGAAUAUCUGACGCCUCACGUUUUUGUUUACAUCUCAGUUCAACCAUCCUUCUGCACCUUCACUUUUUAAUCCUCCUCAAUGGAUCACACUCUUAACGCUCAUCAUCCAGAGACAAAGCAAGACGAGAUCCAGGGUUCCAGCUCUGCGUUUUAAGGCUCAGAACGUGCUUCUGCUGGGAGCGUC